CCGCCGCAUUUUAUGCAACCAGUCUUGCUUCGGAGCGAGCGAAUCCACUGGCCCGGCCUUUGACAGACGGGGUAGCGUGUGCAGUGCCAUCCGGGUAUCGUCUCUCGUCAUCAUCCGUCAAGAGACCGUCUCUCAAGUCGUCCGUGUCGUGCGUACGUACGUGUACGUACUGGCAACGUGCGUUGCCCGCGCGGCUCUACGGCGAGAACACGCACUUCGACUUACGACCUUCUGCUUCAUCGGAGUUUCUCGCUGUGAUUUUUAAGGCAGGUCACGAGACGGGGAUCCUAUUUACGAGCCUGACAUAAUACCGCAACACGCCGCUAUUGUCUCUUUGUCUCUUUCCGUGCGUGCUUUGACUUAGCCGGCGAGAGACAGGAGACGAGCAAAGCAAGCAAGCGAACGAACUCAGCGCGCCUCGAACGGCAACGAGGCGGGUGUCGGCGGUGUUCGUCCGAUAUCGUAUCGUUUCGCGCAGAGCUGUGUGCGCCGCACGUACGAUUCACGAUCGCACCCCGCAGUCGUACGGUGUAGGCUCGUGUCCGACGACGGAGUGUCAGUGCGACGACGGUCGGUUGAUGUGCUUGCACACAGGUGUGUUAUCCCACGACUGUGUGUGCGUGCAUAUGUGCGUGACGUGUGCGUAAAGGCAAGAGAACGACGGACCGUCAGUGAACAGAGAGAGAGAGAGAGAGAGAGAGAGAGAGAAAGAGAUAUAGAUAUAGAGAGAUAAAAAGAGAGAGAGAGAGAGAGAAGGACGGGAAAGGGCGCGACGGUGAUGCGGCCGUGAAUCUUCGAUACGUAGCUGCGCUCACGCCGCGCGUACACCGCGCGACACGACACGAAUACAACGAUAACGACGACGACGACGACGACGACGACGACGACAACGACGUCGGUCGGGGAACUACGGCAGGAGCGACAGAGAAAGGCGCGUACUCGUACGCGCUGCGAAUUAUCACGCGUAGCUACGACGCGCCUCCCGGCGCGUGCAGGCUCCUAGCUCGGUCGAAUCCUUCGACCUCCUCCUCCUCGUCGUCACUAUGGCGGACGACGAGGUUCUCUUCGACGAUGUUUACGAGCUCUGCGAGAUUAUCGGCAAGGGACCAUUCAGCGUCGUUCGGAAGUGCAUUCACCGUCAGACGGGGCAGACUUUCGCCGUAAAAAUCGUCGAUGUGGCGAAGUUCACAUCGAGUCCCGGGCUCAGCACGGCGGAUUUGAAACGAGAGGCUACAAUAUGCCAUAUGUUAAAACAUCCGCACAUCGUGGAACUGCUGGAGACUUACAGUUCCGAGGGCAUGUUGUACAUGGUAUUCGAAUAUAUGGACGGCUCUGAUUUGUGCUUCGAGGUCGUCAGACGAGCAACUGCCGGAUUCGUGUACAGCGAGGCGGUUGCGAGUCACUACAUGCGACAGAUCCUCGAAGCGCUGCGUUACUGCCACGAGAACGACAUUAUUCAUCGUGACCUGAAGCCGCAGUGCGCCCUCCUGGCUGGCAAGGAAAAUUCCGCCCCGGUGAAGCUGCGCGGCUUCAGCGUCGCCGUGCAACUCCCGACCUCGCAGUCUAAUGGCGUUGCAUGUUACACGACCGAGUAUCGGCAGUGUCUGAGCCCAAAGGGGCAGCUCUACUUGAAGGCCGACAACGAGGGUCGUGUCGGAUGUCCGCACUUCAUGGCGCCGGAAGUGAUCCAACGGCGACAAUACGGAAAACCCGGUGACGUCUGGUCGGCCGGAGUUCUGCUCCAUGUCCUGUUAACCGGCACACUUCCGUUCGUCGGAUCACGAGACAGACUGCGGGAAGCGAUCUGCCGAGGGCGGGUGCAGAUGGAGACGCCACUCUGGGAUCCCAUCAGCGAGCCGGCGAAAGAUCUCAUACAGAGGAUGCUCACCACUGACGUGAAUCACAGGAUCACCAUUCAAGAGGUUCUCAACCACAAGUGGCUUAGAGAUCGUGAUAAGGGUGCGGCACGUAUACAUUUAGGCGACACUAUAGAAGAGCUUAAGAAAUUCAAUGCAAGACGAAAAUUGAAGGACGCUGUAAAAGCAGCCGUCUCCUCGUCUAAAUGGCACAUCCCGUAUUCAGAAUCUAAUGGCGACAAUUUCUCCGACGUCGGCGACGACGAGGUGACAAUUACAGGGGCUGUAGCCGAAAUUUUAGAUUCUCUGGAUGAUAUUGAGAUUCUCGAGGAAAGUGACAGAUUGUUGCGGGCAGAAGUUCUCAACGCCGUUGACGACCAUCGGCUUCGAGCUAUUUUAGAGCUUUAUGACAGAAUCUCAGGUCGCGUGCCGACGCCAUAUCGGGCACCGCAAACGGAUGCGGUUCGACGUGCUCGCGAGGUCGAAGAAAUUCUUCGGGAAGCCGAACACUCGUCGGUACGGAAUAUCGAUAGAGCCGAUCUCAGAGAGCUUCACGAGUUAUUGGUCCAGCCGCACAUGAGGGCGCUCCUGCAAGCGCAUGAUGUCGCCAGCCAUGAGGUCUACGGUGAGGAAGCCACCAGAGUUACGCCGCCGCCGAUGCUCACGUAUCUGAACGGCGGCGACGACCUCGAAGGGCAGAACGGCGAUUUAGACGAGAAGAUCACUCGCGUCAGGCUGGUGCAGUUCCAAAAGAACACGGACGAGCCGAUGGGAAUCACGCUGAAAAUGAACGAGGACGGACAGUGCUUCGUUGCGCGAAUUAUGCACGGCGGUAUGAUCCACAGACAAGCCACUCUUCACGUCGGCGAUGAGAUCAGAGAGAUCAACGGUAUACCGGUUCAGAAUCAGUCCGUUAAUGCCUUACAAAAGAUUCUGCGGGAGGCACGAGGAUCGGUGACAUUCAAGAUCGUGCCGUCUUACAGGAGCGCGCCGCCCCCCUGCGAGUUGUUCAGGAUUAAGCCUCUGCCAGUGUUAAUUUUCGUUCGAGCGCAAUUCGACUACGAUCCGUUGGAGGACGAACUGAUACCCUGCGCGCAGGCCGGGAUCGCGUUCAAGACCGGCGAUAUUCUGCAGAUCAUCAGCAAGGACGAUCAUCACUGGUGGCAGGCGCGAAAGGAUAACGCGGCUGGAUCCGCGGGUCUUAUCCCCUCGCCCGAACUUCAGGAGUGGCGUAUAGCCUGCAUGUCUAUAGAGAAGAACAAGCAAGAACAAGACGCUGAAGGAGAAGUUCACGGAUGUUCUUCUCACGCCGAAGGCUGCGACGGCUCGACAGUAAAUUGCUCAAUAUUCGGCCGGAAAAAGAAGCAAUACAAGGAUAAAUAUCUUGCAAAGCACAACGCCGUUUUCGACCAGCUGGACCUGGUGACCUACGAAGAGGUCGUGAAGCUUCCUUAUCCUGCCUUCCAACGGAAAACUUUAGUAUUAUUGGGAGCACAUGGCGUCGGUCGACGACACAUAAAGAAUACUAUUAUCUCCAAGCAUCCCGAUAAAUACGCCUAUCCUAUUCCGCAUACAACGAGGUCUCCACGAAGCGACGAAGAAAAUGGUCGUAAUUAUUAUUUCAUAUCGCACGAAGAGAUGAUGGCGGACAUAGCUGCUAAUGAAUACCUCGAAUACGGUACGCACGAAGAAGCUAUGUACGGAACCAAGCUCGAAACAAUUCGCAAAAUUCACGAAGAGGGCAAGAUGGCUAUAUUGGAUGUCGAGCCGCAGGCGUUGAAAAUUCUACGAACAGCUGAAUUCGCACCUUACGUCGUCUUCAUCGGCGCGCCGGCGUUCGCGAACGUUACGGACUUCGACGGCAGUCUGGAACGGCUGGCGAAAGAAUCGGACAUGCUGAAGCAGGCGUACGGCCACUUCUUCGACUUGACGAUCGUCAACAACGACCUCGACGAGACGAUCGCCCAGCUGGAGGCCGCGAUCGAGCGCGUGCACACGACACCACAGUGGGUGCCCGUUUCUUGGGUCUACUGACAGCGGUCCUCGCCGAUUCGUCAGGUCGUCACCGCGGACUGCAACGGCUCGUCGAGGGCGAAAUAUUAAUAAUAUAAUCGUGAACACCGAUCACCUCGAACUUUCUUGUCGCGAAGAUCGCCGUUGUUCAAACAACAACACACGUCAACAAAGCAAUCGCGUCGUUUGCCAGCCGGAAACAAAAUACCGGCAAAAUGUAAAUCUCGUCGCCAGUCGCCAAGUGAAAAAAAAAAAAAAAAAAAAACGAUCGAGACCGGAGUAUGUGACUGUACGACGACGAUAAUGAUAGCAGUGUGUUCAUAAAGUUCUUUCCCAUCGCUGCGUAGUUGUUUAUUACCGAGUCGCGCGACAUGGAGGAGAGAGCGAUGUGUCCGAAGUUGUCCUGACGUCGACGAGCAGCAAUUAUAUAUCAAGUCGUCAACAUCGCGAGACAUCGGACCUUUUUAGAAACAUAGAGAACGUCAUCAUCGAACACGACGGAAAUUAUAGUGACGACGACGACGUCACGACGCGUCUGGGAAAAAAAAAAAAAAAAAAACGGACGCUUUCUCGCGGACCACCAACUUCUCCAGCACCUUCUUCUCCCCUGUGUUCCUGUCCUUCCUACGUCGAGGGAUUAAACUGAUGAAACCGCCGAUAUAUCAACGUCGGGAACGUCUCUCGAACGGGGAGGUAGUUUCUUUCUCUCUGUUCCACACACAUACCACACAUACACACGCAAUCUGUCGCAUUUCUCGACACAUUCCUGGUUUUUCACGACGCGAGUCACGUGCAGCGAUAUAUUACGUAACACGGUAACGUGAAAAAAAAAAAGAAAAAACAACGCACCAAAGAGAAGAUCCUGCGGAAUCCGCGGGAAGAAAAAACCGGAAAACGCGAGAAGCAAACGCGGCCGCGCUUCGGUGCUUCGAACCGAACGGCCGCAUCUUCGCACGCACGCCUCUUUAUCUGCGGCAUCUAUCUCAGUCGACUCUCCGUAAAAAAACAAAAAACAAAAAAACAAAAAAAAAAAAAAAAACUGUAAUUGCCUCCUAUCGUAACUUUAUCGUAAAACUAUUUAAACGAAAAAAACAAACUAGAGAUCGCGUGCGGCACGGCAGUUGCCCGUUUAAAAGUAAUAGAAAUUAUAAAUUGUAGCAAAAAAAGAGACGAGGAUAUCCCGUCGAAAUAAAUAUCGAAGAAAAAAAAAAUUCGUCUAACCGUUUAAGAAGAAAAAAAAAAA